UGUGCGAGUCAGAGUGGGCUGGUUCCUUGCUGCAGAUGCUUUGCCAAGACAAAGAGCUCUUGGUUCUCGUAUGCAUGUGUCUUUAUGAAUUUUGUUGCAGAAUGAUAAUCCAGAGAAACACUGAGAACCUUAUCCUGGUGUCGUUUUAAAAAUGGAAAAAAGACCCACUUCUCCAAGAAGAAAGGGUCAUAUUUCAGCAACUUUACAAUGGCAGUGUUGGAAACAGAUAACAAAUGAACACUGUACCCUAGUGUAGUGGCUAUUAAUGGGAGACCUUAGACAUACUGUUUUUCAUUUGAGUACCUAGUGCCCUAAUGCAUGUUGCUACUGCGACUCUGGUGGGUUCUCCUGGUUUAUCCUGCCACUGCUGUAAAACUGGAGAUGUGAACAGGGACCUGGACCUCGUUGUCAUUGGAAAAGGACUCUACAAAGGAAUACCAAACCACCAUUUUCAUGGGAAGACAGUGGGUUCUCUUCCUACACACUUUACAAAACAUGUUCUGGAAACUAUUGAAAGUUACCAUAGUGACUGCUCAGCUUCUGUGUCAUCAAGUGGUCAGACUACACAAAUAAGCCUCAAUAGCUCAUGGUCUGGAAUCCAGAGUUAUGCAACUGGUCUGUCUACUGAAAGAAGCUCUGUUUACUCUUGGAGAGAUGAUGAGUUUGACAGGGUUAACACCCAAAACGUCCACCAGCUGUUCUGGGAUGUUGAUGAGAUGUUGUUUGAAGGCAAGGUGUGUUCCAGAACACAAGGCCUACAGACAGAAUGUAAAGAGUGGACCAAGCGUUCACCCCAUCUCAGGAUUUUGGGAAGCCAGUUAGUAUUGCCCAGAGAUGAAGGAUUUCAGCACGUUCAGAAGAGAACAUCCAUUUCUAAAACAAUUCCAUUGCCAAGCUUCCUGGACAGCACAAGUGACAUGAAAGAGCUGUGCCUAUUGGGUCAGAAGCUGGUUGCAACACUCUCCCCAGUACACGGUGCAUUUGGCUCCAGUGAGACAUGUUCAGACCCAUCCCUCUACUCCUUCCUAGAGGAAGAGAUUUAUGAAGUGGAUGGGAAAAUAGAGGAGUACUUUGCUUAUGAUACUAAAGAAAUUGACGACGAGGGCUUGGAAUUUACAAAGAUUACAAAGAAAUGUAACCGUGGUGUUCCACCUGUUUCGCCUGAUGCUUGUGUCAAAGAUACCGUCACUGCUGAAAUGUUUGAUGAUGUCUGGAGGGAUGUGGUGGAAAUUAUACGAGAGCUUAUAAGGAAGCACUGGGAGAAUGAACUCACAGAUGAGGAUACACAAAUAGUUAACCUAGAAAAUACAGGUAGCAAAUUGUUACCUGUGCCUGCAUCCCAUGUGACAGUCGACAGCUUCAGUAUUCCACCCUCCAGAGGCUCCGAGUUAAGGAGUACAUCCUUCUGGUCAAAUUUUAAUCCACCACAGGCCUCUCGUAUGGCAAGUGCUUUCCACAGUAGUUUGAAAGGUGUUAUGACUAUACAAGCCAAACCCCUGCAACAGAGGCAUGCUGGAUUAACAGAGAAGACACAUUGCGACCAAGACGAGAAGCACCUAAGUAUGGGUCCCAGUGUUCUGACCUCAGCUCGGAACCAACUGGGCCGACUACAAGACCACAGUAUUUUAUCCUCAUCCAAAAUGAUGCAAACAGCUUCCUGCAAACCACUAGCUCAGCGCAAGCUGCCUGUGCUCAGCUCAGAGGCACUCCGGUUCAAGACCCGCAAUGCUUACAGAGAAGAAGUUCUCAGAGGAACAAAACUGAAUACUGGCACUGACUGUGUAUCCUCCCCAUCGGUACAUACUACAAGGAAAAUACAAUUCCCACCCAUUAAUUCAGAAACAUUGGAAAAGAAUCUUUCAGUGCCUUGUAAUCUGCUGUGUAGAAGGAGGUACCCACACAGCAGAGUGUCCAGUGCCAUUCCUGAAAGCACAGGUCGACAGCCUCUCAGGGAACGGCUCGUUGCCUUGGACCAUUUCUCAAGACCUAAUACAACACACACUUUCAGGUCAGAAACACCAUUUAAAAGAUCUUUCAUCCCUUUGGAUUUCACUUGCCAUGCUCGGACUGGGAGAGGAUCUUUUACAGCUGACCAUGCUGAUAUCGGUGUGACUGGGGUCAGCGUUGGAAUUUCUUGCUCCGGUUCCGGUAACUUCUCUGAACCUCUGCAUCAUCAACAACGACAGCUUUUAAAUCACACCUUCAUUGAAGGUGAAGAAGGAUGCCAACCACCAUGGGGUCCUCAUCAGCAGCCAAGAGCUUUAAAUCGGAAUCUAACAUAUGGAAAAAAGAAAUUUCAGAUGGUCUCGUCAUGAACUGUAUUCACCUAAACAGGGACAGGGUACACAAGAACACCAAUUGUAUUCACAUGGAAUGGAAAAAAAAAAAAAAAAAAA